AACCACAAACACAGAGUAGUGUUGCCUGAGAGGAGGAGUAAGGGCAACAGAGACAGCGGAAAAGUCUAACAGUGAAGCAGAGAGACACGUUCCUUGAGGACACCGCACCUUUUACUGAAUGAGAAUAUUUUGUUCUUAAGGAAAGCAGAGGGGAUUGUUUGAGUAUCCUGUUGUGUUAAACUGAAAGUCUUACUCCAGUGAACAAACUGGGAUUAACUGGACAUCAUGGAUGGAGAAUCGCCCAGCAAUGACACAGAGACGACGUAUCAAACAGAUGCCAACAAUAACAACCAGGCUGACGAGUCGGGGCAGGUGGAGAACAAAAGCCCAGAGGAGACAGCAGAAGGUCAAAGGGUAAUGGAUAUGGUGGAGACGGGUGAGGGAGAUGACGUACAAGAACAGUCAAGACAAGAAGAGGUCACUGAUGGAGAUGCAAACAAACCCCAGACUCCUCCGCAGCCUUCUGAUGGUGACACUGAAGAGGCUGGACCAGAUAAAGACAAAGUGUCAGCUGUCGCUGAUGUGACUGAACCCGAAAAAGCAAGCCUAGAUAAAGAUGAGAAGGAGGGUAAGGAACAGGAAGAAAAGGAGGGAGAGCAGGUGGAAGAAGUCCAGAGCUGCGGGAAUGGUAAAGAUGAAAAGGAUACAAAGGACGAAGAAGGAAGUAAAUGUAAGAAAAAAACAAAAGCUGAAGAGGAACAUGUAAAUGAAAAAGAGGCAAAAGGAGAAGAGAGCAAAAAACAAGUCAAAAAGGUGGAUACAGAGAGAUCAGACAAAGGAAAUCUUAAAGAGGCAGAAAAACAAGGGAAGCUCAAAAGAAAGACUGGUCCUCCUGCCUCUAUCUCCCGACCCAGAACCUCUGCACGCUCUGUCAGAGCAUCUGCCAAAAGAGACAUCAUAGCCAAGUUCCAACAAGGUGCACCGGAGACACCAAUACCUCGCAACUUCAGACUUCAAAGGUCGUCUAAUGCUACGGCAACUGGGGCAUCAAUAAAACAGAAAAUACUUCAGUGGUGUCAGAGCAAGUCACGCAACUAUGAGGGCGUCAAAAUAGAAAACUUCUCGUCAUCUUGGUGUAAUGGUCUGGCUUUCUGUGCACUGAUCCAUCGCUUCUUUCCAGAUGCUUUUGACUACAGCUCACUAAAACCAGAAGAAAGGGAGAAAAACUUUACUUUGGCCUUCGAAACUGCAGAAUCCCUGGCUGACUGCUGCCCUCUGCUGGAAGUGGCUGACAUGAUCAUGAUGGGCAAUCACCCUGACCCCAUGUGUGUAUUCACAUAUGUCCAGUCCCUCUGUCACAGCCUCUCCAAAAUUGAAAACGAGAGGAGGAACAAAGAAAAGCUGGAGAAAGAAGAUGGAAAGGAUGGAAAAGAGGAAGCAGAGAAAGAGAAAGGAGACGAUGCAUCAGGAGAGGCGUCAACUCACGAAAGUGAGACAGUGGACAACCAGGAAGAGACACAAGGAAAAAAUAUUGCAGAGGGAGAGGAAACUGGAGAGAAGGCAGACGUUGCAAAGAGUUGUGAGAUGGAGGAAAGUGAAGGAGACAAGGCAGAGGAACAAAACUGAGAGUAAAAAAAAAGACUGAAAAGAUGCUGAUGUGAGUAAGUCUUAGUGUACAUUUACAACAAUAAAAAAGCUAUGUAGGUCGAAACUAAGCUAAAAUAACAAAAAAAACAUGGUGAUGUAAUGUUAUAAGUAGACUACAUGAAGCUGGGGUUUUUUCACGUGUUGUCAGUCUUUUGAGCACAUAAGAGAAGAAUGUUGAGCCUUUUAAAUCAAUGUGUGUUUAUGGAAAAACAAAAAUGCUAAAUGAAAAUGUUUCCACAACUAAAAAAAAUGUUUUAUGGAAUGGAUGUGAUGCCAUUGGAUUGCCUUCUUAUUGUAAAAGAGACAAGUAUCUUAUUAUAGGAAUUAUAUUACUUAAAAAAAACUCUUUAGGGCGUCUUUUGGGGUAUUUUCCUUAAGUGCAACAUGCAGAAUAGCACCCUGUUCAGAUGAUGUGGUUUCAUUUUAGUUUUUUUGUUUUUGUGUUUAUUUUCUAAAAUGCUGUUGUGUUUCUGGUUGUUUUCACAAAUCUUGAAUACACAUCAUUGUCACCGUACUUUGUAGAGAAGUAAAAAGUUAAAUCACUUUUGUGGCCUCUUAAUUAUUUUCAUAUUAUAUCUUCAAUAUGAUACUUCAGAUAGAGGUGGCAAGAAGUAAAAACAGUGAGAGUUACUUUGAGACCGACAAGGAUGGAUAGGAUUAAAUUCAAGCACAUCUUGAUUAGAUGCCUGAGAUAAAAUUGGACCCCUUUAACAUGUUUAUUUUGUUUUAUUGUUAUGCAUAAAGGAUAUUUAUUGGACAUAGAUUCCAAAAAGGUUGGAUACUGUGUAAAAUAUAAAUAAAAACAUAGUGCAAUAAUUUGCAAAUCUCAUAAACCCAUCAUUUAUUCCCUAUAGAACAUAAAUUAAACACCAGCUGCUGAAACUUAGACAUUUUUCCACAUAAUGGAAAAUAGAGAGAUAUCCUGGCUGUAUGCAAAACCCAUUUGACACAGCACAGAAGCCAUUCAGCUACAAUAUCUGUAGAGUGUGGACCACCAUGAGAGAUGAUGAUGAGCUCUUCACUUCAUCUUUAAUGUCAGCAAUGCAGAUCAUUGUAUCAUUGCAGUACACUGACCGAAAACAGGGGGAUGUCUCCAAAAAGAAUCACUUUACAUUGACUCUCAUGUUAAAAUGUCCAACUUCACAGCAGAAAUAAACUUAAAAAAUGGGUCUGCUCUUUUCAAAAUCAAGGACUAGACUUCUGAUGGCAGUCAGCUUAGCCAAUAUGCUACGAAGCUUAGCAAAGUAAUUAGUCAUUUGUACUAACCCUGCAUAAGCUAAACACAGCGAUUAUUUUUAAAUUUCAUCAUCGAAACCACAUAUGAAUUGGAAUAAUCUUCUGCAAUCGUUUGCCGGCAGUACUGCGUAUCCUCGGGUGUGGAUUGACUCAAGAAGCUGGUAGCUGUGGUAUCUACCCUUGCAAUGCUUUUCUUAGACAAAGAUUUAAUAUAGAUUGUAAUAAUUGUAAAUUCUAUUGUAAAUUCUAUGUCUAUCAGAACUUUUUGGGGAUGUUUUCAAACCUUGACCUCAGAGAAAGACACUCAAGCAUCAGUCUUAAACUUACUAUUAACACACUAUUAAAAUAGGGGUUUUGUUGCAGGAAAAAAAAGAGUGAUAUUUUAUGUAAUACUUUAAUUAUUUUAGCAAAAUAUUUCCUCCACUGACAUAGGUUUUCAAAUAGCAAUCCACUGUUUUUAAUUUUUUAAUGAAAUUCUUACUUUCAAAAAGUCCUUAAAACAUAUAA